UCUCUCUCUCUCUCUCUCUCUCUCUCUACCCAUGAUCACUCCAGCCUAUUUAUAAUAAGCAAUCUCAAUUCCAUCUUUCCACUCAAGUUCCCUCCUUCGUGUUUCAAACUACAGAGACCUUCUUCUCACUUCCAAGUUUGUUUUUUAACAACCCGGGUGUCCAGACUAGUUCUAGCUUAAGCACAUCUCGACUUCAGAACAUAAAAUCGAAUUUCAAAACAACUCUCUUCCCUCUUCACUCCAAUGGACUCCACUGUGGAUUUCAUACGCCACCACCUCUUUGAUGAUUCUCCAUCUAGCCUUUUCCUCUCUGCUGCAUUUUUUGAUAAUUCAGGUAUUCAGAUCAGUUUACGUGCACCUGAACUAAUCCCAUAUGACCAAUCCCACCUUCCGCCAACUUCUACUGAUUCAAACUCGUCCGAAACCCAAUUUCCACUAGCUGCUACUUCCGAUGAUGGUGAAUCCGUAUCUUCAGAUUCGAAGCUCCAAUUCACAAAUUACUUGAGACCCAUCAAAAAUGAAACCGACCACUUCGAAUUCGAGGCAAACCCAGAAACCAUACAUCCAACGACGUCGUCGAGGUUAAUCGACCGGCGUCCUUUGUUGAACAUAUCCAUUCCACGGGCUGAUAACACUCACGGGUCAGGGAUCGCUCGGGUCGGGUCAGGGCCAAAACCGGAUUCGGGCGAUAAGAGACAUUACAGGGGAGUGAGGCAGCGGCCGUGGGGGAAGUUCGCAGCGGAGAUCCGAGACCCGACCCGGAAGGGGUCCCGGGUCUGGCUGGGGACGUAUGAAACGGCCGUGGAGGCGGCCAGGGCGUACGAUAGAGCGGCGUUCGAGAUGCGGGGGAGAAAGGCUAUAUUGAAUUUCCCCCACGAGAUUGGCAAAACGACGGCGGCGUCUGAGCCGUCGGUGGAAACUCGUCGGAAGAGAGGGAGAGAGGGUGGUGGUGAGGAGAGAGAAAGUGGGGGAAUGAAGAGGGAGAGGGUGGCGGAAUCGGAGAGCACGACGGAGAGUGAGUUCGCCGUUUGCCCGUUGACGCCGUCGAAUUGGACGGCGGUUUGGGACACAGCGGAUGUGAAGGGUAUUUUUGAAGUCCCCCCGUUAUCUCCUUAUCCUUCCGCUGUGGUUAUCUAACUGCGUUUUAGACUCAGAGGUUGUGGCUGGAGCGAGGGUUGGGAGCGGUGCAUGUAGCCUUAUUGAAUUGGAAAACCAAAAAAUGGAGAAAGAUUGAUGUUUUUUUUUUAAUCAAAAAAAAAAAAAACUGUAUUGAAUUUUUGGUUCAUUGUAAUAAGUUGUGCAUUAUUUUUGAAUUGGUUGAUUCAUUUGGUCUAUUUCAAAGACAUUUUCAAA